CCUCCCCCAAAUAACAAAUCUCUCUCAUAACUAACUAACUUUCGGCCCUGAUGAUCAAAGAAAACUAGAAACCCCCAAAACAAGUUAAAAGCAGAUCCUUCAAGUUUUCAGUUUAUGUUUCUUGCAAGUCUUCAAUUGCUCCAUGGGCAACUAUAUAGAGCAAAUUAACACAUGAUUAUUUUAUGAACAAUUAGUAUGGAUCAUAUUAAUGAUGAUGAACAAAAGCUGCCACUCCUUGAUCACAAUAGAGAGGUUCCAGAAGCAGAGAGGAGCAUGGUUCAAAGAGCCAUAAGCCAAACAUUUCAAAGCACGGCACAUUUGGCGAAUCUUCUUCCAACCGGCACUGUCCUAUCCUUCCAACUCCUCUCUCCAAUCUUCACAAACCAAGGAAACUGCGACUCUGUCAACAAAUUCAUGACUUACACACUAUUAUCCCUCUCUGCUUUCUCAUGCUUCCUUCUAAGCUUCACUGAUAGCUUCAGGGACAGUAAGGGGAAUGUAUGUCACGGUUUUGCCACAUUUAAGGGACUGUGGGUUAUUGAUGGAUCAACCACACUCCCACCCGAACUUGAUGCAAAGUAUAGGCUCAGGUUCAUUGAUUUUGUGCACGCUGUGAUGUCAGUUCUGGUUUUCACCGCCAUUGCGCUGUUCGAUCAGAAUGUGGUGAAUUGCUUCUUCCCUUCGCCGUCGGAUGAGGCGCAGCAGAUGCUCACGGCGUUGCCGGUGGGAAUUGGAGUGCUCUGCAGCACGCUCUUUGUUGCAUUUCCUACACAGCGAUAUGGAAUUGGAUUCCCACUCUCAAAAACUUAACAUCAUUCAAUUCAAAAACUCACGUGUAUCUACCUAACUAACUAUUAAUGUACAAAAAGUUUCCGUGAUGAUUAUUAUUGUUAGUGGAAUGGCAUAUUCUAAAGCUUC